AUGUCAAAGAGAACCAUUGAAGACGCAGAUAUAGCACACGACAACGAGCAGCACACCAAAUCCGCCAGACUAUCGGGUCAGGGAUCAUCAGAAAUUGAUAUUCGCAAAGCACAAUCACUACUGCUUGCACGGUUGAACGGCAUUGAACUCCCUCGCCAGCUGCAUGGCAUUGACAAGCAAUACAACACAUUGCAUCGCAUACUCAAACAGACAGUAACAGCUGGAGAGAGCAACUCUUGCUUGAUUGUUGGCAACCGAGGUACUGGUAAAACAACAUUGGUGCGCACUGUAUUACGCGAUCUUCAAAAGCUGGAGAAUGAAUUUUGCGUUGUCAAGUUGAAUGGAUUAACAGAGACAAAUGAUCGCCUUGCUUUAAACGAGAUAUCUCGCCAGCUCGUUACUGAACAACAGGAUCAGCCAGAUCGCACCUUUACAUCGUUUGCAGAUUCAUUUGAUUAUUUACUGUCUUUGCUGAAAUCAGGCGACAAAUCUUCCUUACCAGUAAUAUUUGUGUUGGAUGAAUUCGACUUGUUUGCUCAGCAUCCCAAGCAAGCUCUGUUAUACAACCUGUUUGACGCAGCACAAAGUGCUCAAAACCCCAUGGCAGUGAUUGGAUUGACCUGUCGACUAGAUACCCUCGACUUGCUGGAGAAGAGAGUCAAAUCAAGAUUUUCGCAUAGGCAGAUCUACUUGUUUCCAUCAUCCAACUUUGGCGAGUUUCUGGAUAUUGCAAAAGGGACAUUGAUGUUGCCUGAGGAGUAUCAAGCAAGUGAUGCGUUCAAUAUGGACCUCGAGGAGCUGUUUCAAAAUCCUACAGUCAACGGUGUCUUGAGACGAAUAUUUGACAUUUCAAAGGAUAUCAGGAUGUUUCAAAAAAUAUGCUUUCCAGCUGUUUGUAAACUGAAUAGACAAGCGCCGUUUUUAUCCAUUGAAGAGUUUACAGAGUCCAGUCUUGUGCAGAGAGCAGAUUCUAAAACUGAAUUACUCAAGGGAAUAGCACUGUUGGAGUUGGUAUUGAUUGUGAGCAUGAAGAAACUCCUAGAAAAAGAUGUUACAACAUUCAAUUUCCAAAUGGUGUAUGACGAAUACAAGGAUUUCAUGAACAGAACACAAGUCAAUGGCAUGGGAUUUGGCAUGAAAUUGUACAAGCGAGCAGUUGCACUCAAGGCUUUUGAGAAUCUGCAAAUGUUUGAACUGGUGUGUCCAAUAGAUGCUCCUGGAAAGUGCCCAAAAGAAUACCGUAUGGCCAAACUCAUGCUGGAACAAGCUCAAGUAACUGAGGCUGUUCUCAAGUACAAUUGCUCGCAAAUGAUUAAGAAGUGGGCUACUAAUGCCGCAUAA